ACAGCAUCGUUCUCCUCGCUGCUGGGAAUCGAAUCUUUGAACGUCAUUCAUCGAUCUUUUACCAAAGGUCGUGCGUGGGUUGAUAAACGUGUCUGAAGGAAAAUGGACGUCGUUAUAGCCCUGUUAAACCUUUAACAACCAUCAACUCGUAUAUUGAUUCAUAAGGACACGUGUAUACAUGAAAGUACAAUUUUUAUUUUAGGCAAUUUAUACCUUUCCUUAUAAUAAAAUAUCUUGUGACCCAAAAUAAGUAUACUUUAAUUCCAGUACUAUUUAAUACUAAAAUAUUUUCUUUGUUAUAGUAUUAUGAUAGAAUAGCAUGUAAAGUCUAGGUUUAAGAAAACUAUACACCUCUGUUUCGUAAUAAGCGGUACAAUCAGGAAGUGUUUUUAUCUUUCCGGUUAUAUCAUCGUCUGACGGAUAUCCUGAAAAAAAUAAUCAUGAAAUAUAAUGAAAUCAAUGUUUCUAAUUAAAUUUGAUACCAUCCAUAGAUUAUAGAGGUCAUUAAAAUUUAUAAUGCAAUUUUGCAAAACGAUGCAUGAUUCAUUGUGCACCCACUUGAAAUGGGUCAAAGCGUGCUCGAAGGUCUCUACUUUCACUGCUUCGAACUAUUUCAAAUUUAUCGUCCAGUCAUCGUUGCGAAACCGUGAAUUCUGUAGUUUUUCAAUUAACAUUAUCAUAACAAUAGAGAUUCUCAGGAUUCCGUGCGACGUAAACUGUUACCAUUAGCGUUAAUUAAGAUUCUCGUGCAAGGUCGGUUAACGUAGCAGAAAUUUUUCUUUUUUAAACAAAUCCAGCUGAAAGUAUGUCGCUCCAUAUGAAUGUUACAUUUCAUGGUUGACAGCAACUUCGCAUUGAUGGUUCGUUCGACCACGGACCGCCAUCAACCGCGGAGUUCACAUUCGAUCACUUCCGUUCGCCUCGUGCGUUUCGAAUUGCACGACAACCGGAACACUUUCGGAAAAAUCUAGCAUAAAUUUUCAAUGUAAAUGCUAGCCAACUCGCUGAUAAAUGCCGCCGUCGCACGAUGAGCCAAUCGAACCGUUCCGCGUCAUCACGGAAGAAAUUGACAAAAUGCUCUUCAACUUCAACCCCGAAUCACAACAGCAACCACAAAUUGAAAAGGAUUUCUUCGACCUCGACUUACCUAGUGGAUAACGAAGAGGAAUUAGAUGAUAUUAGAAAUACCUCGUAUGAAAAUACCAAUAUCCCGCUGUCAGAAUCCAGAAGAGAUGUGACUCGUAUUCAAAGAAGGAUCGAUAAGACAACCUCUAUCAGUACAUUCAACGGUGGUAGAAAAUUUUGGAACUGCAACGCUAAACCGACGAGUUUCUACGUGCCAGAUAACGCGGUCAUUCAAGAAGAAAGCGAGUUGAUCGGUGCCCUGACGAAACAACUAUGCGUGGUAGAGACUCAGUUGCAAAAGGUACAAACGAACCUGAGGAAGAACGAGGAACAGUCGAAGUUAAAGGAUCAAGAGAUCAUUCGUUUGAAACGGAAGGUGAAAGAGUGGGAAAAUAAAAGCAAGAACAUGGAGAUGUUACGAAAGAAGGAACAACAGCAACGUCAAAUACAAACCGAUCAUUCCGAGCAACUUUACGAACGAUGUUUGAUCCUCGAACGGAAAAUAUUCGAGAUGGAGAAAUUCUUGGCCGACUACGGUCUGAUCUGGGUGGGCGACACGAACAGCCCGAGGUGUACUGAUACGAUUCCCAAUAAUCCCAUCGAGGCAUGUUACGACCAGGUUAUCGCUAACAUCGAUCAGCUGAAUCUGGCUGCCGGUAAGGGCGAAGUUCACGUGCAGCACAACGAGAAAGGAAACGGAGCAACGUUCAAAACUCCUUCUUGCAUGUGUUUAAAAUUCUACAAAAAUGGAAUGAUAAUUCAAGACGGAUCGUUACGUCCCUACAAUGACCAGGCGACGAUGUCGUUUCUUCGUGACAUCUUGGAUGGUUAUUUUCCUUCGGAGUUGCAAGAAGCUUAUCCAAACGGUGUUCCAUUCAAGGUAGAGGAUCACAGAAAUCAAAUGUACUUGAAUAAUGUAGAAUUCCCCGGUCAAGGUUAUCGAUUGGGUAAGCAACUUCAAAUUGAUAACCCAUCGUUACCAUCGAAAAUCCGUAGGCCCAGUGCCAGUUUCCAAAAGUCACCUCAUAAUGUCUCGAACAUGGAUCUAUCAACGCAUUUGACGCCUUUAUCGGUCAGAUCCUACAAGUCGAAAGGAUCCUCGGAUUCUCCUCCUCUCGAGAUGUACGUUCUUCGUUCGCAAAUUUUAGCCUCUCACAACAAUAUCUGCUCCAACACUCAUCUACAGUCUCAUAUAAACGCUGAGCUAAGUCGUAGUAACCGGAAAGAGAAGCGUGACACAGCAACGAGAAACACCGAGUUCGAUGUCUACGUACGUGAGACAAGUGUUAAAUCCAAAGGUGUGUUGAGGUUUCCGAGUUCCGGCAGGUGUUAUCACAGUUCUACCGAUAGGUCAUCGUCUAGACUGUCACCUAGUCGAAAUCGUGAAACACCUGACGAUCGUUUCCGGCACAAAUCAAGAUCAUCGAGUCUACCGAACGCGAGAUUAUCCGUCAACUCUAAACCUGCACCGAAAACAAAACCAGUUGAUUCUAAUAACAGCAACGUAUCUCAAAUGUCAAAUUCUCAAGCGAACAAUAUAGUAGCGAAGAAAAAUCCACGUCCAACUAAAUCCGCGACACCAGUACGAAAGAAUGCUGCCCCUAUUUUGCAUCAAAUCAAUGAACCGACUGGGGCACGUGGUGAACUUCGAUUAAAAGUCAGGUCUCUGAACGGUGGCACUGUUUAUUUAGUCCAUGUUUCGGCUGACGAUCCCAUAGCUCGACUUUAUCAGUUAUUGGACAAAGCUAUGACCAGGACUGUUCCUCGAGGAUACAAAAUUGUUCUCAGCGGAUAUUCGCCGAAGAGAUUAGAGCAACUUGGAACUACCUUGAGGGAGAUUGGUAUCACCAGGGACAGCGUUCUGCAUUUAGUGAAUGUUUGAAUUAUUUCUACAAAAAUAUUGUCUGAUAUUGAUUUUUGUGUACAUAUGUAAUCGAUGAAGUUAUCAUUCAAUUUUAAGUGGAAUAUGUUAUAUCCUUGCGAUAUGCGGCGCAUUUACCUCGAAUAAACCAAUUUAGAUGCUUUUCUUCGUAAAAA